GGGAGACUAUCUACGAUGCUGCAAAUUCUGUUACCCGUUAUGUGCGUUUGUCAUUCUUGCCGCUUGCGUGGUAGCGUGCGUUGGCUUAGUCUGGAUGCAGGUGGCUCUCAAGGAGGAUCUGGAUGCAAUAAAGGAGAAGUUUCGAACUAUGGAAUCUAAUCAAAAGACAUCAUUUCAAGAAAUUCCUAAACUGAAUGAAGAUUUAGUGCAGAAACAAAAGCAACUAGAACAAAUUGAAACUGGAGAACUGGGACUAAACAAAAUUUGGAUAAAUAUCACAGAGAUCAAUAAACAGAUAUCACUAUUGACCUCAACAGUAAAUCAUCUCAAAAACAACAUAAAGUCUGCUUCUGAUCUGAUUUCUCUUCCUCUCACAGUAGAGAAACUUCAGAAGACUGUGGCAAACAUAGGUAGCACGCUUACCAGUGUUUCUCAUGAUGUUGAAAAUAUACAGACAGCUAUUGAAGAAUACAAGAAAUCGAUAGAAAUACUCCAGAAUGAUGUGAAGGAAUUAAAACAGAUACCUUCACUUUCCUCCACUGUUGUGCCAAGGAUUGAGCAAAACCAGACAGAAAAUUGCAGACAGGAAAGCCAGUCGCUGCAUGCAGCUUUGGAGGAGCUAAAUAAUACUGUAAUGGUGUACCAAAAGUUCAAUGACAUCAAGCUUCUAAAUGUGGAUUCAGUCAUUGGUAACCUUAGCCAGAGAGUCAUGCUGUUAGAAAACUCUCCCCUUUCUGUGAAUAAUCUGAUCAAGAGAGAGAACUUGUCUGCCGGUGUGGGGAAUGAUGCAACUACCUCUCAAAAAGUGGAAAAUGAAGAUCAGCUAGAUAAUGAAACUCAUUCAAAUAAAGAACUGAAGGAAACGGGAACUGGAGAUUCUCAGGUAUCAAAGCUAAGAGAGAAGCUUCAGCUGAUCAGUGCUCUCACAGGCAAACCAGAAAAUGACAGACACAUUGAGGCAUCAAAGAAUG